UUAUAUACAGACAUAGGUAUAAUACAUUUCACAUAACUGUCAAUUUAUACAAAGCGUAUUGAGUUUACUCACUUUCUCCACAAUGUUUCCUUUUCUCCUUGCAAUAGAAAAAAAAAAAAAGAAGAAGAAGAAGAUGGGUUUUUUAAGUCCAAUAUUUGCUAUUUUCUUCUUUCUUGGAGUCAAAGUACAUUGCCAAUACGAAACUUAUCAGUGGGAUGAAGACUAUGACCAAGAGCCAGAUGAUGAUUAUCAAACAGGAUUCCCAUUUCGUCAAAAUGUAGACUACGGAGUUCCUUUUCAUCAGUAUACUUUAGGCUGUGUCAGUGAAUGCUUCUGUCCAACUAACUUUCCAUCAUCAAUGUACUGUGAUAAUCGCAAACUCAAGGCUAUCCCAAAUAUUCCGAUGCACAUUCAGCAACUCUACCUUCAGUUCAAUGAAAUUGAGGCCGUGACUGCAAAUUCAUUCAUCAAUGCAACUCAUCUUAAAGAAAUUAACCUCAGCUACAACAAAAUUAAAUCUCAAAAGAUUGAUUAUGGUGUGUUUGCUAAGCUUCCAAAUCUACUACAACUUCAUCUAGAGCAUAACAAUUUAGAAGAAUUUCCAUUUCCUCUUCCUAAAUCUCUGGAAAGACUCCUUCUUGGUUACAAUGAAAUCUCCAAACUGCAGACAAAUGCCAUGGAUGGGCUAGUAAACUUGACCAUGCUUGAUCUCUGUUAUAAUCAUCUUCAUGAUUCUCUGCUAAAAGAGAAAAUCUUUGCCAAAAUGGAAAAACUAAUGCAGCUCAACCUCUGCAAUAACAGAUUAGAAUCAAUGCCUCCUGGUUUGCCUUCUUCACUUAUGUAUCUGUCUUUAGAAAAUAAUUCCAUUUCUUCUAUACCCGAAAAAUACUUCGACAAACUUCCAAAACUUCAUGCUUUAAGACUGUCACACAACAAACUACAAGACAUCCCAUUUAAUAUUUUUAAUCUUCCCAACCUUGUAGAACUCAGUGUUGGACACAACAAAUUGAAGCAAGCAUUCUAUAUUCCAAGAAAUUUGGAACACCUAUACCUACAAAAUAAUGAAAUAGAAAAGAUGAAUCUUACAGUGAUGUGUCCUUCUAUUGACCCAUUGCAUCACCACCAUUUAACAUACAUUCGUGCGGACCAAAAUAAACUAAAGGAACCAAUAAGCUCAUACAUCUUCUUCUGCUUCCCUCAUAUACACACUAUUUAUUAUGGUGAACAAAGAAGCACUAAUGGUCAAACAAUACAACUAAAGACACAAGUUUUCAGGAGAUUUCAAGACGAUGAUGAUGAAAGUGAAGAUCACGAGAGCCCAGAACAAGAAGGAGCAGAAGGGCACUUUGACCUUCAUUAUUAUGUAAAUCAAGAAUAGCAAGAAACCAUAUAGGUAUACACUUAUGACUUCAUAGAACCUAUACUUAAUAUAGUAAAUCUAAGUAAACAUGUAUUACUCAAAGUAAUAUAUUUAGAAUUAUGUAUAAGAUCAGAAUUGAAUUUAAGGUGGUGACAUCUGCAUCAUUUCAUAGGAUUAGAACUUAUUCAAAAUAAUGUAAAUCUUUAAAAAUAUAAAUUAGAAUGACAAGUGAGAAUCAUAAAUGUUAAUGGUUUCUUACGCUUUUUUAAAAUACAGAAAUAUCAUGUUAAAAAAAGCGAGUGUAUCAUUUCUAUUAACAGUAAUUUUUCUAAAAAUGAGGAAGUAGCAUUAGCAGUAAAGACCCAGAGGUCAUGACCUUUUUGAUCACUCUGAGAACAAUAUUUGAAUGACAGGAGGGCAUAUUAAUGUAACAAGCAUUCAUUUAAGGAAUAGACCAUUUUCUUUGACCUCUUCUCUGGAAAAGCUUUCACACUGGUGUUUGGGAUCUCAUCAUUACGACAUCCAUCCCGCUAUCUCACCACACAAUGCAUAGAGUAAUAUUUUUGAUUUGUAAGAGGCCAUCCAGUUACUAAGGACCCAAGGCAUACAGAUUCACAAAAUUAACUGAUCUUUUUGCCUCAAAGUACCCAAACAACAAAAUUAUAAAGCUGUAUUUGGACAACUAAAAGACACCAAACUAUCUCACUGCAAUUGGUAUUUUAGCAAAUUUCAGCAACUAUCCAAAACAAUGUUAUUGUGUUCCAUUUUAACUGGGGUAAAUGUUUUUGUAAUAAAUACAACCAUAGAAAGGCUUCUUUGUUACAAAAUGAUUUGCAAAGAAAUAACUGCUUUGUUCACAAGAUUAAAUGUUGGCAAAAUAAAGUUCUAAUGAUAAUAUUAAA